AUGACGUCCCAACCUGCCGAACCUGCAGCGAAAGCCAUAACAGCAUCGCAGGAGGAACAGCAACGCAGCAGUGAAAGGGAAAUGGCUGGAGAGAGUUCGGUCAAAUCCUCCGAUCCACGUACACGGGGUGAUGUCGAGAAAUCCGAGACGUCAGAAGCAACGGAGGAAAACAAAACCGACGCUGAUAAACUGGAAGAAAAGGAAAUAGAAAGGGACUCUGGAAACGCUGAUGAAGUGGAGAAAAAAGAAGUAUCUGGAGAAAAAGAUGAUAAUAAAGACGUUGAUAACGUGAAGGAAGAAGACAAAUCUGGAGAAAGGGACACUGAUAAGCUGGAUGAAAAGGAAAUAUCUCAGGACAAAGAUGAUCCUUCUCAGCUAACAGACGGAUCCCAAGACGUGAAGGACAACUCAGAUCCUUCGGAAGACGCGAAAAGUAAGGACGAAAAUGAAGGAGACAGAGAAGAUUCCCAUAAAAUUUCGGCUGAAAGUCCAUCCCAGGAGGAAAAUAAAACCGACUCGGCUAAACUCUCGGGGACAAACGAGUCCAGCGAGGACAAAGAAAAGGAUUCUGGUGAGCUUCCCAAGAGCUCAUCUGCAGACGCGAAGAAAGACGUCCCUCCUCUUCCCCGAAUCAGCGUUCCUUCGUCGGAGUCUCAGGUAUUCACCGUGGACAUUCCCCUUCGCCCAAGUUGA